AUGUCGUAUGAAAGGAAUCCUUCUUCGUUCGAAAAGAACGCCUCGUCAUUCGAGAAGAACCCUUCGUCGUUGGAGAAAAACGUCGGUGACGACAAGAACAUCGACUACCUCAGAGACGACUCCCUGGAGCUUCAGGCGGAGGAGCACGAGGUCAAGCGUAACUUGAAGGCAAGACACAUCUCCAUGAUUGCGCUUGGUGGAACCAUUGGAACCGGUCUUUUCAUCUCGUCGAAAAACGCUCUUCAGGCCGGUCCCGUAAUGGCGCUCAUCUCGUAUAUCUUCAUCACCACGUUGGCCUGGUCCGUGACCCAGAGUUUGGGUGAGAUGGCCACUUACAUCCCAUGCUCGGGCUCCUUCACUCAGUUCUGCGCCAGAUUCUGCUCCCCUGCAUUGGGUGUAGCCAAUGGCUGGAACUACUGGUUUUCUUGGGCAAUCACGUUUGCUUUGGAAGUGUCUGUUGUGGGUCAAAUCAUCCAGUUCUGGACCCACGCUGUGCCUUUGGCCGCUUGGAUUACGAUUUUCUGGGUCCUCAUCACCAUCUUCAACAUGUUUCCUGUGAAAUAUUACGGGGAGUUUGAGUUUUGGAUUGCCUCUCUCAAAAUUAUCGCCGUGGUUGGCUGGCUCAUCUAUGCUCUUUGCAUGGUCUGCGGUGCUGGUGUCUCAGGGCCGGUGGGUUUCAGAUACUGGCGCAAUCCGGGACCAUGGGGCGACGGCCAGGGCUUGGAGAGCAACAAAGACACCGAUAGGUUUUUGGCGUGGUUGUCUUCGCUUAUUUCCGCUCUUUUCACAUUUCAGGGUGUUGAAUUGGUGGGUAUCUCGUGUGGUGAGUCUCACAACCCUAGAAAGGCAGUUCCUUCUGCCAUCAGAAAGGUUAUCUGGCGUAUUAUCAUUUUUUACAUUAUGUCCAUGUUCUUCAUGGGCUUGUUGAUUCCAUUCAAUGACCCAAAGUUGGACUCGGACGAGUACUUUGCCGCUUCUUCUCCUUUCAUCGUUGCUAUGCACAACUCGGGUACAAAGAUUUUGCCUAGUAUCUUCAAUGCUGUCAUUUUGGUCGCCAUUAUCUCUGCUGGUAACUCCAACGUCUACUGUGGCUCAAGAAUCUUGUACGGUUUGGCCAACGUGGGCGCCGCUCCAAGGUGGUUCAAGCUCGUCACAAAACAAGGUAUUCCAUAUGUUGCUGUUCUUUUUACUGCUGCUUUUGGUGCCUUGGGCUACUUGGUUCUUUCCAAUGGUGGUAACACUGUGUUCAACUGGUUGUUGAACAUCACUGCUGUGGCUGGUCUCAUCGCCUGGGUCAACAUUUCCUUCUCCCACAUGAGAUUCAUGUGGAUCCUCAAGAAGAGAAACAUUUCCAGAGACCUGUUACCCUACAAGGCAUGGGGCAUGCCUUACGUCGCUUACUACGCCUUUGUGUUGGGUUUUAUGCUUGUGUUCGUGCAAGGUUACGAGGCGUUCUACGGUAUCACCGCCAGCAGCUUCUUUACUGCCUACGUUUCCGUUAUUCUUUUCUUCUUUGUGUGGAUCGUAGCUCACUUCUACUACAACGGCUUCACCAGGUACGCUUUCACCCUCAGAUCGUGGCUUCUUCCGUUGGACGAGUGUGACAUCGACAGCGGCGUCAGGGAAAUUGAAGAGAUGGUGUGGGACGAUCAGCCGCCAAAGAACCUCUGGGAGAAGUUCUGGAACGUUAUUUCUUAA